GGAUGCUUUUCGGUGAGAUUUUCCGAGGUUUUGCGUCGUUUGGUGUUGUCGCUUGCAGCCAGGAGAAGCCCCUCGCCCCUCCGCCCUGCCGGUGAUUGAUACCGAACGAUAAGCAGGAACAUUUUGACUUUGUACCUUGACAUGGUAUGACACAUUCACACAAUUUCUCGGAUCUCUCUCCGCAACUCUGCAUUGUUCAUUGUCAAUAUCAACAUAUUCUGUCUAACUGUUCCGCCAUCUCUAGAAUUAUAUAAGGAACUGUAGGAAAUCUAUAUCAGCCCGCUCCAGGGGGAGGCUGCCAUCAUCACCACAAUGAAAGGAAACACCCACAAACAUCCGACCGUCGUCAUCAAGCUCGGAACGAGCUCCAUUGUCGACGAGAAAACCCAUGAGCCUCUCCUCUCGAUUCUCUCGACCAUUGUCGAGACUGCAGUGAAGCUGCACAAGGAAGGCCACCGCGUGGUCAUUGUGUCAUCGGGCGCCAUUGGCGUUGCUCUUCGUCGAAUGGACAUGGAAAAGCGGCCCAAACAUCUUCCUCGGAAUCAGGCAUUGGCAGCAAUCGGACAAUGCAGACUUAUAAGUCUUUGGGACAGUUUAUUCGCACAUUUACGUCAACCAGUCGCACAAAUUCUAUUAACCCGUAACGACAUUGCGGACAGAACACAAUAUCUCAAUGCACAAAACACUUUUGCUAGCCUUUUCGACAUGGGAGUCAUACCCAUUGUCAAUGAAAAUGAUACGCUUUCCGUUUCCGAAAUCAAAUUCGGCGACAACGAUACUCUGUCCGCCAUUACCGCCGCAAUGGUCCAAGCAGACUACCUCUUCCUAAUGACGGACGUCGACUGCCUCUACGACAAGAACCCACGCACCCACGCCGAUGCCAAACCCAUUGAAGUUGUCGAAGACAUUGCGAGCCUCGAGGCCGAUGUCUCCUCUGCCGGCUCGAAUCUUGGCACCGGAGGCAUGUCCACCAAAAUUGUUGCUGCACGCCUUGCUACUUCUGCCGGCGUCACAACCAUUAUCACUCGCUCCUCGACGCCCGGUAACAUUGCAAACAUUGUCCGCUACUGCCAGGCGUGCAAGCAAGGCACCGCCAGCGCCUCCCCGUCGUUUCCUCCGACUCCUGCCGAAGAUCCACUGACACGUUCCAUUUCCUCACUUUACCUCGAUGGUCCUCCGAAACCGCCUCUCCACACACGCUUUCUCCCGGACCCGCACCCGAUUCACGAUCGUUACUUUUGGAUUCUUCAUGGUCUCGCUCCGCACGGCACAUUAUAUAUUGACGAAGGAGCGUGUCGCGCACUUGCGGACAAGGCGGGUUUACUUGCGGUCGGUGUUGUCGAUGUUAAAGGCAGUUUUGGACAACAAGAAGCCGUCCGUCUAGUUGUGGUGAAGAGGCUUCCGGAGGACCAUCCGAGCGGGGAAUUGUUUGAGAAGACAGACCCUGAGCCGCGCGAAGUCGGCCGGGCAUUGGUCAAUUAUUCGGCGGCGGAAAUUCUCCGUAUCAGAGGACUCAAGAGUACCGACAUCCACCACAAGCUCGGUUAUGCCGAUUCCGAGUAUGUUGCAUUGCGACAGAACAUUUCAUUUCAUCGGCACGAGAAGGUGAACAAGACAUCAACAUCUCACACUCCUUCGCCACCCGAUGACUCUGGUGCCGCAACCGAGAACUGAAUAGCCUCUACGAAUCGCAAUCGCUGUAAUUAUUGGUGUCUUUGGGCUUGGAAAUAGACUUCCCGGGGUGUAAAUCUAUCCUGUUUUUUUUUUUGUUUGAUAUGAUCAAAAGUUCAAGUUUGAAGCAGUUGAAAGAGUCCCACCAGACCUUUUUACUUGCUUUGUCACGAC